AUGACGCUUCUCUGGGUCGGUCUGCAGGAUUCUUACCCGAAAUGCGGUCAAGAGUGGGAUGAAGACGAUUCCUCCGACCUGGUAAACAGACUCGGCAAAGUCCUGGAGGAAAUCGGACAACUAGAUCAGAGGCAGAUGGCAGAAGUCUUGGUGCGUGCUAAAUGGGCGGGCUUUGCCAGAUGGUACAUGCUGGCGACCCUCGAUGGGAUGCCUUUUUCCUCAACUUAUCGAAACAACUGCCAUAUAUCGUUCACUGUUCUGGUUGGCUUCAGGGUGAGCAUAUUCUGCCCAAGGUCUUGGAGGAGCUGGGAGCUGACUUAUCAGGAAUGCGUUCGCGCGGCGGACGCUCUUCUUUUGGAUGAGAAGCACCUUGCAGCUCUCGUUCGGCGCUUUGGAGCCGACCUGGAACAGCUUCGGAAGCUAACGAUGCCUCAGCUGCGUACAGUGGGCAUUGGACUCGAAUGUGCUGGAUUUGUGGAUGAAGUUUACGCAGCAGAGGCUGUUCAGGAUUGGUCUACACCAGCACCAGGUAAUAUGGAAUGCGACCGCGAAAGCACUAUUACUGGUGCUAUGCAACCCGCUCCGUUCCUUCCACCACAGCCUCCUUACGACCUUGGUUUUUCAACACACGAUGCAUUAACCGCCCUUGGCGAUUCUCAACCGUGGAUAAGUUCUCUGAAUCUACUUGAUGACGCAGACUCCAGUUUGGCGGACUUGCCUUUGCUCACCAAUAAGCCCUCGGAAAGUGCUUCUCCCUUCACCGAACCGAACCUUUCCAGUGAUCCCAACUCGUGCGUUGAGAUGACUUCACCCGUGACCGCACAUACACCUGGAGAUGGAACGCCAUUUCGAUCUUCACCUUUGGACUCGUAUCCGAGUCCGGGCGAAAGCGAGCUUCCAGGCUCGGAGACUCACACUAUGAUAGCGCCUCACGCCCCUAUAAUUUUACCGAAUGUUGACGAAGGAGCUUCAUAUUAUCCGACGCCACCUUCGUGUGGCAAUGAAGUCUCCAAUGUGGGAGAGCAAUCUAUCCGGCCGGAAUCUGGCCGCCUUAUGGCUAGCCAAACAGAAAAUAUGGAUGAGCUUGUUAGUACCAACGCGGACGAUUUAUCCGUUCCAGUGGCGCUCAAUUAUAGGGUGCAGAACGUGAAACGUUUGCUCUUUUCUUGCGAUGCUACGCUUAAUGACAUUCGAGUUCAGCGCAUCCUCCAUGUGAGCGCAAAUCCCCUCAUUGCGGAGGGUCUCGAGCAAACGCUAUGGCCCCUGUUGGGCCAUUGGAAUUUGUCCGAGUCACUCGACGUAUCGGCGCUAGGCCUCCCAGUGCAAUGGAGAGGCAUAGGUGCAGCUGCAAAUUACCUCAAAUUACUUGAUUCCGAUGGGAAGCCAUCUCAUUUGAACCCUAUUGCAGUGCGCCUUGGACAGGUAUUGCUGUACUUCAACUACGAAGACCUUUGCAGAAACCGGAACAAGUUAACCCAUCGUACCUCGGACAAGGCUGAUAAGACUCAUGUACUGAAUAACAUACUCGAGGAAUACCAGGACGAUCCUCUCCUUAAUAAGGGAGAACAGGUUCGCCGCAAUCGGGUCACAGGCUACCACCUUCGCCGCGGCAAAUGGUGGUGGAGAAUUGCGGGUACCGUAGGAGUCGGUAUACUUUUACUGGGCAACACUUCUUUAGUACACGACAUGUGCAUCAAGAGCUUUACUGAUGCUCAGCUCAAAGCUUUCGUCACACUCUCUCUGAAAACCCAGUUGGGGUCCAAACGUAUAUUUGAGGCGACGGAGUCCAUGGUCAAAUCUCUCAUAUUUGGCCAUGUCACACACGAUCCUUAUGCCUUUCUCUUCAAUAAUGAUUGCGGUCUUCUUAGGCCUGAAGAAUUAGCACUGGUCCGAAAUGAGGACGAACAAGCCCUACUUACUCAGCUCUCUCAGACGUGCUGGGAAGCUGUGGAUAUUGUGGAGAAUGCAAGGCGUAAAAUGAUGAAUUAUCUCGGCUGGGAAUCGGACAAGUAG